AUGGUGGUUGUGCUGCUGGUAGUUGUGGUGGUGGUUGUGCUGGUCGUGGUUGUGCUGGUCGUGAUCGUGCUGCUGGUGGUUGUGAUGGUGGCGGUUGCGCUGGUGGUGGUUGUGCUGGCGGUGGCUGUGGUUGUGCUGGUGGUUGCACUGGUGGGUUGUGCUGGCGCGCCCGGGUCCGACUGGGCGCGCCUCGCGCACAUGGGCGCGAGAGGGGCGCGCCUGGACGAGGCGAUUGGGAGGCGGGUGUUCAGCUUCCGGGACCUGGCGGCCAUCCUGUCCAACGAGGACCGAGGACAGCGUCAGGAAGAUCUCCCAACUGACGGUGGAGACCCUUGUUGCGCGGUGGAUCAACUACCACCUCGUGCGGUUCAAGUUGCUCGCCACGGAGGUGCUCGACUCCCUCUCGCGGCGGCGCGCCCAGGAGGCCAGGGCGCACGACCCGCUCGAGGUGGCCGAGGACCGAGUGGACGCAUGCCGAGGAGUGCUACACAGAGCGCUGUCGCAAGGUGCGCAGCCUGCGCAAAGUCAGUAACCGCGAGCUCGUGGCGGACGAGCUUAGGGACCGACGGCCUCGUACUGUCCGUGGUCGGCGCCGCCGUGCUGGCACCAACCUCGGGCGACUUCGCCGCCGCCCCUCGGGCGCCAGAGGAGGACGACGUCGAUAAGGAGAUGGAGGCGAAGGACGAGGACUGCAAGAUGGGAGGCGGCUGGAGCAACGGCGCCGGGGCCCCCUGCGCCUCCGGCUACUGCGGGAACGGCCGGAUCGACUCCACCGACGCCGCCAUCUUCCACGUCGCCGUCGAUUACAUCGCCUGCUACCGUGUCUGCGGGCACGGCGACGCGCCAGACGGGAAGGCGACCGCGGACUCCAUCAAAGGCCUCGAGGCUUCCUUGGCAGCCGUCCCCGAGUCCGAGGCGGAGACUCGCGCCAUGGCCUUACUCGCAACGUGCGAGGCCGAGGUCGCCAAAUACGAGGACGACGUCAAGCAGCUGGAGGCCGAGCUCGCGCGGCCCAUGGACACCGAUACCGGCGAGAUCACGGACCCGUGGUUCAACGCCCAGAGGUACUUGACCGGCCUGGUGGACAAGCUCAAGGCGGAUCCAUACGUUCCUGAGGAGCACGCCAGCUCCGCAGCAGAUCACGUCUCCCGCUUGUUCACCGGCUUUGCCGAGACUAUCAAGCAGGCGCAGGUUGUCAAGGUCGGGGGUCAGGACGGCCCUUCAGCCCAGGCUCCAGGUGCCAAGUCGACGCUGCGCGGAGCCACCGCGAACGUGCAGACGCUUCUACCGCGCCAGGCCACCCGGAGCUACGCGCAGAACUCGUCCACACUGCUGCUUUCGAAGGCGGCAAUCCUCGAGCACUGCUUCCAAGGCGCCGCUCUUGACGUCAUCGGCAUACAGGAGAAAUGGAUGUUCAUGAGUGCGGCGGCUGCUGGCGGACAGUAUGGCGUCCAAUGCUGGGUCCAACGCGGCUCCGAGCACACUAUCGUGCAAUGGCGAGCUGUCAGUCCUCUCAUGAUGUCCGUGGCGCAGCGCUGGUCGACUGGGCAGCUAGUGAUUGCGCUGGUGGGCCACGCCCCCCCGGAGUGCAGCUCCGAGGCGACUAAGGAGACGUUCUGGCCCAUCCUGUGGCACAUCACUGCCGAGUUGCUCCAGCGCUAUCCAUCGGCAUUCUGGCUGCGCGCGCUGGGCGCGAACGCCCGCGUCGGCAGCGUCCGCUCGUCGGCCACUGGCCGCCACCACCCGGAGCGCGAGAACGACAACGGCUUCCGGCUACGGACUUAUUCUGAGCAUUUCGUCUUCAUCGUCAUCUCCACGUUCUUCCCAGAGGUCAGCCCCACCUGGACCUCUCCCAAGGGUCCUCGAUACCGCUUGGAUCACCUGCUGUGCCGUGCGGAGCACCGCACCCAAGCCGUCCGCUGCUGGGUGGCUGGGGACAUCGACCUCGCCAUUAACGCCACCCCUGACCACAGCCUUGUGGCGGGCGACUUUGAGGUCGGCAAUGCAAAGCCCACGCCCGAGAAGCUAGGUGGUACCUUCCGCUUGGACAAGCGGGCCUUGGCCGAUCCAGAGGCGUGCGAAGCCUUUCGUGCCGCUCUCUGGCGCUGCGAGCCCCCCUCCGGCGUGACGAUAGACGAGCACCUCGCAGAUGCCAAUGAGUUUCUUCGGCGUUCGGCGUCGCGCUGCUUCCAGAUGGUCCGGGGUGCACUUCGCAAGCCAUGGAUAGCCCUGGACACGUGGGUUCACAUCCGCCAGAUCGCGCCCACGCGGCGGCAGAUCGCGGCCGCUGAAGGCGAGGCGCGCCAGGUGUUCCAGGGGGCAGUCUUUUGCGUGUGGCGUGGCCUCGUGGCACGCUCGCCUCCAGCUGGCGGCAGCAUGCGCUCUGCACUGACCUCGCCGUGGCGCUUGAUCGGGCAGGCCAUCGGCCUUGGACGCCGAUCCGCGGAGUUCCCAUGGUGGGCAGCCCGGUGGCACGCGGCCAUCUUCGCAGUACAACUGGAUACACGGCCGCUUCUGGCGCGCGAUCGCGUCGCGUUCUGGGACUCGAUGGCUUUGAAGGCGGCCGCUGCCAUGCAGCGCAACGAACUGAAGACGGCCUUCGGCGUGGAGUCCGCCCGACGGGACGAGCAUGUCGCAUCCGUCUUCCAGGGCGAGCUCGUCUCGCGGAAUCAGCUGCGCUGCAAGGCCAAGCCCUCGCCGCCUCACGUGCCGUCGCACCAGUGCGGCGCGGUCGCUGGGAGAGGCGCGGACUUCGCGACCCAGAUCGUCCGCGCUCUUCUCGCCAUCGCGGAGGGUUCGGGCUGCAGCGUGUUCGCGCUCUUCGUGAAUCUGGUCAAGGCAUUCCACGAGAUCGUCCGGGAGCUUGUCAUGGGAUGGGGCUCGCGCCCCAUUGGCGAGCGAGCGCCUUACCUCGUCACUCUGGGCGUCGACACCGCUGCCGCACAGUUGAUCGUAGACUAUGUCGAGACGAACGGCUGCGUCUUCGAGCAGUGGGGCGUCAGCCCGACUACCCUGGGCACGCUGCGGACACUCUACGAGCACGCGUGGUUCCAGGUGGGCUCGCACGUUUUCAACGCUGGCUAUUGCGUUGCUCUCGGCCUCUUGGGCACUCAGCUCGCGGCGCGUGGGCUGGCGUUCCGCGUCGUAGAGCAUGGCCCGUUCUGGCAGACGCCAUGUGGGGGCUGCGCUGACGGGCGACCAGUCAUUGCUGCCACCUUCGUGGAUGACUUCGGCCUUGUCCUCGUGGCGCGAUUGCCGGUUCAACUGGACACUGCGAUUGCGCUGCCGGUGACAAUCCGCACCACAACGUUCAGCCACUUCCACUUGGCCAUCAUUUGGUCGAAGGGUGAAACAUGGCUGCUGGUGGUGGACGUGUACUGCCGCCUCGGCACGAUGCUCUCCGCGACGGGCGAGUCCUUCGCCAACGUGCGCCGGCGCACGCAGAUGGCCAUGACCGCGUGCGCCCCGAUCGCGUUCAAGGUUUUCGGCAGCAGCCUGAUCUCGGAUCGGCACAAGCUGAGCUUCUUGAAGUCCCUGAUGCUGUCUCGAUUGCUAUUUGGUCUCCACAUUGCUUGCCUGCCAGUGGCGCACCUGCGCCGACUGAAUGCAGUCUGCAUGCGCGGUCUCCGGCGCAUUGCAGGCGACUGUCGCUUCGGACCUGCCGUGCACUUGUCUGACCGCGAAGUGUGCGCGAGUGACUGA